AUGGAGGACACGGAAUUCUUAGCUUUCGGUCUGCCUGGGGCACUCCUUGCCGACGACCCAUCGCUGGACAAUGCUUCACAACAUAGUACCUCCGGGGGCAAUAGAUUCUCAAUGGGCGGUUUACUGCUGAAUGAAGAAUCCUCGUCAGAGAACUUGCGUAGUAACCAAUGCCGGAGGAUAGCGCAGAUUGGGCCAGAAUGCGUGCAUAAACUUGAUGGAAGUGCUACGCGGGAUGUGUUUGUGCUGAAUGGGCUGCUUUGCGAAAGCGUCGAAGAAGCUGAAGUGGAGGGUGAUUCCCGGGCACCACGAGCAACUGAGACGGUGGUAGAAUCUGUCAGCUCUCAAUCGCAAGAAUUUCCCGAAAUCAGAGACCUCCUGAGGCCAUAUGCUCGAGCUCAUGCAGGUCUUACAGAGUCUCACAGUUCGUAUAAAUCUUCAACCCCACCGCUUUCCUUACGGGCAUCUACUUUCGACGGGCAGACAGUUUUUCUGAGACGUAAAUCUCGUCGGAAAGAGUGUGGGGCUUCUCAUAUAACUGCUGAUCCUACCAGUGGUGGUUCAGGCACAGGAAGGCAAUACUAUAGUAAACUGCUUGAUGUACCAAUACAUCGUCUCCUGGAUCAAUUGGCAACCGAAACAGCCAUGAAAUUUUCUCACUCUGAUGCUCGAUCCGCUCAAGUCAUAGAGGAAAGACUUCGCCCUAUACUGGAGACGGGAUGUACUGUCGGAAGUACCAAACCUACCUUAGCCGUCAUCGAUGAAAUUGACGGUGCGACUGGUGGUUCGGACAAUUCAGCCGGCUUCAUUCAGAAGCUGAUUUCAUUGACGUAUGACAAACCAAGAAAGAAAGGCAGGAAAAUCGAUCCGAAGGCGUCUCGUCCCCUUCUACGGCCAAUCAUAUGUAUUUGUAACGACUUAUAUGCAAGUUCUCUCACGAAGCUGCGCGCAUAUGCGCGCGUUAUCCGAUUUUCUCGGCCAAACGAUAUACACCUAGUUCGAAGAUUGCGGGAUAUCUGCGAAAUCGAGGGCUUGCGAACCGAGUCACGGGCGUUGACGACACUAGUUGGAGUAGCUCAAGGUGACCUGCGAGGAUGCCUUAAUAUGCUACAGCUCAUGAAGGCCCGCGGUCGAGACGUCACCGAACCUGCCGUGCGCACAGCUACAGCUGGGAUGAAAGAGACGGAAGCAUCGCAAACAUCAGUCCUCAAUGAUCUCUUCACUCCCAUGCCGCGGAGACGUGCGAAGGAGCUGGGAAUCACCGAAGAGGAGGAAGCCCGUUAUGUAGGCCGGCUCAGUCGUGAAAUCGAGAGUAGUGGAACACUGGACAGGAUCGCAUCAGGCAAGUACCCUGUACCCUCAAACUAUUGGUUGACUGCUUACGAUGUCAUGUCGGGCGAGAUGUGGAGCGAGCGCGAGUAUGCGCUGAUGCAAUACCUUCCAUACAUGCUAGUUGCCUUCUAUCCUUUAUUCCAAGAAAGGGGAGGGUGCAAGGUGGAACGUCCCAAGGUCGACUAUGAAAACUAUGUGAUCACCAAAGCGAACGAAGAGAUCUAUAAAUCCUUGGUGCAUUGUCUGUGUUCUGCUGCUGCGCGCAAUGGUGGUGACUACAGACACUUCGCAAGCGAAUCAGUUCUCCGAUUAGAAUUUGUGCCCUUGGUUAACCGAAUCAUUUCUCCCCCUCUCAAACCGGCAAGUCUCAUCACCGUCAAUCGUCAGAUUAUUCGCCCUGGAGAAAGGGCGGUCUUGGAUAGGCUGGUCAACAUCAUGGUCUCUAUGGAGCUCCGAUUUGUGCAAGAAAAGAUGGAGGACGGUCAACUCAUGUUUAGACUAGAUCCACCUAUAGAUGUCUUUGUUACCUAUGAUGGAAAGCGAGCCGCAGAUAUCGCUGUCUCAAAGUAUGCUGUCAGGCAUUUAGUGGCGACUGAGAUUGACGCACGCCUAGUGUCAAUACAGGCUGAUGCCGUUGAAAGGAGUAAACCAAGUAAAGCAAGCUUCUUCAAGAAGGGCUCCAAAAACCGCGACGCGGACGAGGAGGAGCCUGAACUAAUCACCAGCAAACGUGUCCGACAAGAGCAAUCAAAGCCUGAAGAAAAGAUCGCUGUUGACUUUUUCGGGAGGCCCAUCACUUCCGCUUCGGGAAGUAACAACAAGAAACCCGCGAGCAAGAAAGUCAUUCAGCAAUAUCGGGUAAAGUUUCGGUUCCGCGAGGGUAACUCCGCUGCUGUACGAAAGCAGGUAAAGGUCGGGGCUUUCCUUUGA